AUGAGUGAUUCGUCGACCACUUCUUCGGACAAGAGUUCAGAUGACGAACAGUUUUAUGACGCCAUCAGUGAUGAAGAAGUGGUGAGAAGUGAUCCAAAUGUGAUCCAAACGGAGACCAAUCACCACAACAUCGCCGCCAAAGACACCACUCAUUUGAACGCCAAUAAAAUGAGUGAAUCCGUGGCCUCCGGUAGUCUUCAGAUGACGGACAGCGGUCUCUAUUCGUCGCAAUCGAGUGAUGCAAACGAUUUAGUCUCAGAUCUGGUCUCAGAGACGGUUCCCGAUGUCGUCCCCAAAAUGGCCAACAAAUGUCUCACUUCUAAGAAGACUUCGGAACCAAUUAUUAAUAUCUCUGUUAUCAACGACAGCGACGACAAGUCAUCGACUGUACCAUCGCUUCCAACGCAACCAAAGCCUCCGCCAAGAGUUAGGAAAAAGAAAUUAAAUAAUAAUAAUCUGUCUCUCAAUGCAACCAAUGUGUCCACCGGUGAGAGUGUCGGCGCCGGGAGUGCCGUCAACUACAAUAUCCCGCCUAAUAUAGUGUCCAAGUCUUGGGCGGAUCCAAGAGAUUCUCUGAUGGAUGUGAACAGUCUAUCAUAUCUGCAACCGUUGAAUAAUUUCGGAAACUCAACGAAUAUAACCAAAUUUCUGGACGAUAUCGCGAGCAUUAAGGGUGACCUCAGUCUCAAUGAGGCCUUCCUGUCCACUAUCGGCGACCGCCGGAGUGUUUACGUCGAAGAGAUGCCAAAAUUGAGUCGAGAACUGGUCCUCAAAUCGGAUGACUUGACGGCAUCGAUGGCACAAAUGGCACAGUCAUUGAAAGAGCCCAAAGAACAGGAGGUCUUGAAUCAGAUAAUGAUUCUGAAUAUCGAUACCGGAGAAAGAGUGCCCUUAAGUAAAGCCGAAGAAAUACUCCCCAAAUGUUUGAAUCCUUUGAGUUUACAUUUGAUGAAAUUGACGAACGAUUUCUGUGAGGGAGACGUCUGUUCCAUCGCUUCCGGAAUGACCGCUCAGGAGAGCCUCUUGAGGGACAGCGCUUUCGAUGACGAAGACGAUGACGACCGCAAUGGAAGCGAUUCCAGGAAAGAGAAACUUAAGAAAGGGAUUAAAAUUUUGCGUAAAAAGUCGGGAAGUUUUUGGAGAGGAGUGAAAGGCGUGAAGAGCGCCGGCAAAGAGAGAUCUACUUUUCACGUGGAGCUGAAGACACCGCACGUCGAGUCCGAACCUCUGCCCCGAUAUAAGAUCAAAGUUAACCAUAAGAGGGGAACUCCCGAUUUCGGUGGCCUUAAACUACUGCAAGAGUUAUACGACUGCAAGGGAGCGAUUUGGGUCAUGAAGUUCAGUGUUGACGGACAACUGCUGGCGGCCGCCGGUCAGGACCACCUCCUCAGAGUCUACUGCAGCCAAAAGUCAUGGAAAUAUUACACACAAUUGCGAAACAAGGCUUCCGGUCAACAGAUAUCUCCCAAUUCGUCUAAAGAGCGCGACACUAAUGGCUCGUUCGGACGAUCCGUUUCGCUGCAGAGGAGUUGCAGUCUCUCGAGUGCCGAGAACUUGAAGCUCGAAACGUCGAGCACUAGUUUCCCGAAUCAUAUUCUCUACGAAGACAACCAACUCAGCGAAGAGGGACCUAUGCUUCUGUUCAGCGCAUACCGCGGCCACACCGCAGACGUGUUGGACAUCGCGUGGUCUAAGAAUCACUUCCUGUUGUCGUCAUCGAUGGACAAGACGGUGCGUUUGUGGCACAUCACACGCAUCGAGUGUUUGUGUACUUUCCGUCACAUCGAUUUCGUUACGACCAUUCAAUUCCAUCCCAGAGAUGAUCGCUAUUUCCUGAGCGGUUCCCUCGACGGGAAGUUACGGUUGUGGAACAUUCCCGACAAGAGGGUCACCCUUUGGAAUGAAGUGAUGGCUUUGCCGACCCAACAGUCACGGAGUAGCGCAACGCAAGAGUCAGUUCCCGCCCACGGACUCAUCACCUCUUCAUCUUUCGUCCAAAACGGAAAGUUUGCAGUCAUUGGCACUUAUGACGGAAGGAUUAUCUUCUACUCCACGGAUCAGCUCAAGUACUUCACACAAAUCCAUGUCAGCGGUAGCGGUAAGAACAGUUCGGCGCAGAUAUCAAAUGCCAACAGCGGUAGUGAUCGCCGGCGCCGACGAAACAACAAUAAGGUUACGGGCAUUGAGAGCGUCGACGAUAACAAAAUUCUGGUCACAACUAAUGAUUCCCGACUCAGACUCUACGACCUGAGAGACCUGUCGCUGACGUGUAAAUACAGGGGUGUUGUGAACGAGUCGAGUCAGAUCAAGGCCUCCAUCUCUCACGACAGCAAAUAUAUAAUCUGCGGCUCAGAGAACGCCUCCUUCUAUAUAUGGAGACUACAGGACAACACGACUAUCGGUCAGCGCCGCGACCGCAAUAAGCAAUACGAAUGCAUUCGCCUAUUGCCGCCCCAACCGCCGCAUCCCAUGACAGACGCCAUGCAAAUGCCGAGUCCGCCACCGAUGACCACGAAGAUCGUCACGUCGGCCAUCUUCGCGCCCGUCCCCACACAGAUCGACGAAAACGGCAAAUAUAUUAUAGCCGUCGCCGACUUCAACGGCAAUAUUCGCAUUUUCUCCAAACAUAACGAUUGA